AUGGGGUCCUCGCGACCUGCCACGCCGGCGUCGCCCAGAGUCCCCAAAAUCAAGAUGGCCCAGCCAGGUGUCCCCCUGUUCGGCUGUGAACACAUCCGCAUCCUUCUGGAGGGAUCUGUCGAGAUACUACAGAAUACAAUAAAACACUACAAAGACUGCCUGAGCGUAGUAUCCGAUCCUACUAGAAAGACCAGUUGCCAAACCUCCCAAGGCCCUAACGGAGAGGCCCGGACAACCCUCACUCCCAACUACCUCUGUCUCCAAUGUGAUCGCACAACCACCGCAGAAGGCCGAACUGAGCAUGGAAUGGAGACUAAGCAUCGACUCUAUGUUGAAUCGAGAAAUGGUUAUCUCUUCUGUCAGAUGUGUGAUGAUUUCGUCUUUGACCCAACACUCGAGGACCUGAGACUAAGGAAGUUUGGUACAGGAAGCUUCUCAUCACGGAAACGAAAACUCGAUGACCUCUUCACAAAUGCUUCUAAAGAGGAUGCCCAACUCAUGUCCCUGAACACUAACAACACGCCGUGCCGUGCCAAUGGGAUACGUGGCAUCUACAAUAUGGGGGCUACUUGCUACAUGAAUGUCAUUCUUCAGAGUUUGAUACAGAACCCUCUGUUGCGAAAUUUUCACCUGGGCGACGGUCACAGAAAUGCCGAGUGUAGUCGGAAGAAUUGCGUAGCUUGUGCAAUGGAUGAGAUGUUCCAGGCCUUCCAUGCACAGCCCGACACAGUUGGGUACUCCGCACACAACAUGCUUGCUUGUUUCUGGAUGUCGAAGCGGAAAGCCUACGAGGAACUCGCCAGCAACAAGGAGCAAGAUGCACAUGAGUUCUUCCAAUUCCUAACCGAGGAGCUUCAUGAGAUAAACGCCAGUGCGAAGCUCCAGUCGAUCGAAGAUGGUGCCCCUUCUCCAAAGCGCACCAAACCCGAUUCGAGCUGUAAUUGCAUCGUCCAUCAGACCUUCUAUGGCCGUACACAGAGCACGAUUACGUGCCAAGGCUGUGGUGAGGUCCGAACUUCAGUCCAGCAGUUUAUGGAUCUUAGUCUGGGUCUAGAUGUCCUUUCGAAGAAGAAAAGUAUCAAAGUAACUGGACUGAGCGUGAAGCGAUGUCUUGAGGCAGAGUACACGGUUGCAGAACGUUGCGAAUAUACUUGCCAUGUGUGUGGGACCAAUGAAGCAAAGAAGCUAUCGAGCAUCAAGAGUCUACCAAAUGUACUCGCUCUUCAGUUAAAGCGCUUUAAGCAGUACAAUGGCAAUGCCUCAAAGAUUGAGACAAAGGUCUCGUUUCCUCUCAAGCUCGACAUGUUUCCGUACACCAACCGGGCCCGGCAGGACAUUAAACAAAAUCCCGAGUUGGCAAGAGGAUGUACAUAUGAACUUCAAAGUGUUGUCGUUCACGUUGGCAACCUCGAAACUGGUCAUUACAUCUCGUACUCACGAGUCGGCAACCAGUGGUUCAAAUUUAACGACCACAAUGUCACAAUGGCCUCCAAAUCAGAUGUCCUCAACGCAGAGGCCUUCAUUUUAUUUUACGUCAUACAAUCGUUGGCAUGA